AUGUCAACUCACGCAGAAACUUAUUCAUUGCCAUGUCCCUUCCACAAAGACGAUCAGCUCAAUCGUGAUCUCGAUGCAUCGCUUGAUUAUUUACCAGGUCAUCCCCGGAUCAAAACUAGCGAUCGUAAGGGCUUGUAUGAUUUCAUUCUCCGGGAAUUAUGGUCUGAGGACCUUGAGUCGAUAUCGGGCAGACUCUGGUGGAUGUCGAAGCAGGAUAGCAGCAAUAUUUCCCCGUUGCAUCGACAGCGAGUAAAGGGCCGACAGAUCAUCGUAACUGAGGAUCCUCGACUACAUCUUGUCUGGAUCGACGCCCGAAUUUUCAUUAAACCCCUUCCCAAGUACAUAACAUCCUACGCAUUCUGGGAUACAUUUAUGAGCGAUCCGUCUAAAUAUGGUGCGGCAGCGAAGGUCAGAAAGGCCGCACUCGGGUAUCUGCGAACGUAUUUACACCUGAUACAAUAUGAAUCAGAUCUACAUAUCGCACAAGACCCGGCUCUCUGCCUGGUUCCUAAAGAAGUGACCUGGCCUCGCUUCUGCCAGUUCACUGCUCGUUUCAAUGACAUCGCGGAAAACGAAGUUUCGGGACGAUAUCAUUAUGGAGAGAUCCGAUUGACCCGACUGAACUAUUAUGCGCCCAUUCUCCUAGGAAAAAGCCAUUAUAAACGUGAGAGUUAUCAGUAUCGAGCGUACUUUGCUCGAAUUCAAGGCCCCAUGAUAUCUGCAUUUGCAUUUUUCUCGAUCGUCCUGAACUGUAUGCAGGUCAGUCUCGCAGCCUCCACUUCCGAUGAGAGAUAUUCGAGUACUUUGUUAUUUGCGGUUUGCUACUGGCUCAGUACUUUGAUUGGAUUUGUAACUGGUGUCCUUAUGCUUAUGUUGGUAUUUCUUUUUGUUUUCAAAGUGAUCAAGGAGUGGAGAUUUGCGAUAGCCCAUCGGCUAUGGUUGAAACAGAAUCCACAGAAAAGGCUAGACGGCCAUGUGUAA